AUGGCUCCUAAAUGUAUAGGAUUCCACCAUGCCUACUUUCAAUCGGAGCCCACAACACUAAUUGGAGCAAAAACCAAGCCUUUUCUCUGCGAAGAAUCAUAUGCUGUACUGAGGAUGGAUGAUGAAACGAUGGACUGCAAUGAACAAGCGAAAGCGUGCAAAGUUUCUGAAAGAGACAAUUCCGGGAAUGUUACCUCGGAAAUGGCAUUCGAUCUUGACUCCAAAAUCAUGGGAAGCUUUAAGGAAGGCAUUGGCGGACGACCCGCUCUAUUUCUAAGUCUUAUAUUCAACCAAGGCAACAAUCACCCCUCAGAAUGUGUCGCAUUUGACAGCAGUCGAAAUGAUCGUGAGUGGAGUAUUGGUUAUGCAUGGGCAGCUUAUCGCCCGGAUUGCGUAAUCAUGCAUGGCAGAGAACACGGAGUUCUCACUGACUGGGACAAGAACGCCGCACAUAGAAAAGACAUCAUUGGCUUUCUGCGUGCACAUCUGAUCCCGAGAGCACAAAGCAAGACAGUGGAAAUCCUCCGUCGAAUAGUGGAGCAAUUAGUAGCGAACUAUGAUGGCAUGGAGCAAUUGGACAUCUGUACCAGGUUCCAAUUUCGCAUUCCAGCUAUUCAUGGAUUUUUCUCUGGAUAUGAAAUUGAACCUUAUGGUCCGCCACAGCGUUUCGAUAUCGAGAGGCCAUUGAGUAGCGCACGUGUGGCUCUAGAUAUCAAACUAGAUCAUAUUGAGCUCCUACAAAUGGAUCCCGCAUAUGCUAAACGAUGGCUAAAUCUUUUAGGAGACGGAAAGGUCAUUCGAGACCCGAGCUUUAACUUCAAGAAGCACCAUAUUCAGACAGGCGACCUUAUCAGGGAACUGAUGAUCAUGCGGAAUUGGAGAAAGUUGGUUUCCGAAAUAGAGAAGCUUAGAGGUGUGUAUUACUCGACUGCCAUCGAUGAUGUCACCAAAGCACUGUGUGAUUUGGAAGUAUCACUCUAUAACUGCAUGGAAGAUUCUUGCGCUGUAACGGGACAUGUUUUAAGCCAAAGACCUGGAUUUUUCAAAAGUAGCGUGAAAUAUUUUGAUGAAGACCCCCUGCAUUAUUGCCUAAGCAUGGUAACAGGAGCUCCUGAUGAGAAAUAUAGACUUAACAGGUCACUGAUGUUUCGGUAUCUCAAUGAUUAUUUCCAACAAGCCACUAAAGAACAACGCGCUCGAGUAGAAGAACCUCUCGCGAUGCUUUAUUCCGAUUGGGCUACAUUACAUGAAAUAGACACGAUGAUAAGUCGACAUGGACGACAUGAAGUACAGCCUCAACAAUAUAUGGAGGAAAAUGGAAGUGAAGACGCUGAGACAGAUACUGAAGAUUGGGACUCGAUAGAGAUGAAGCUUCAUAAUACUGAAGCUCUUAAAGAAUUUUCGAAGCUUCCACUCCCGAGCGGGAAAAAAGACGAAACGUGGAUCGCUUGCGACAUAAAUUCAAGGAUUGCCCUCUCCAAAAUGUGGAAAGGAACCCGAGACUUUUUCAGAGCGACAUUGGAACAUAAUGGGGUGAAGAACAAAGAUAUUGAGGAGAUAAAUGCUAUCUUUCUAGAUAUUGAUGCAGACCACGUAGCAAAUGCCAAGCUAAAGUAUGACAGCAUCAGAGCCAGAAUAGAGUCAGAUCUGCAAACGAAGAACAAAAAGGUAAAUAAUGUUACCGCGGAAGUUCAAACAAAGACCAAGAUACGAACGGUAGCUCCAAGGCAAACGGGCGAUACGGUACAAGCAGUAUCGGAUGUCUCAGCAAUCGAAGAAGUUGACGCAACGACGACCGAGCUGCAAAUCAAAGUCGAUAUAAAGACACUAGGCAUUUUCACCUCUAUGUACUCUGAUCCCGAUGGUGGCCAAGAUACUGGCACUGUCAGCUGA